GAGGAAAGCGGAAGAGGAAAAGGAAAACCUGGAUGGGAAGAGCCAAACCGAAAAGAGAGACGAGAUGGAGACUACCAGCAAGUUCCUUUACUUUACGAUAAUUCUGCUACAAUGUCACGUACACCCCCUCGACUCUUACAACGUGCCCUGUGCCUUCAAUACUAUGUGUCUCUGCUGGAUCUCGGAUGAAGAUGAGUUUACACGAAUGGACAUCAGCUGCCUCGGCGUGCCCUUUUCUCGAUUUCCCGAUGUAUCGGUGAGUUAUGUGGCACAGCUGGACAUCGUGAACUCGGGAAUGUUGGCACUGGAAAAUGACGCACUGGUGAGUUCCUCGGGAAUUGAAGCGCUUGGGCUCAUGAGCAAUCGUCUGGUGAGCAUCGGUGAGAAGUCUCUCGUCGGAGUAUCGGGGAGUUUACGAUCACUGGAUCUGAGCUAUAACUCGUUGGAGGAAAUGCCGUUCAAAGCACUGCGAGGAUUGAAAAAGUUGAAUUGGCUCAACAUGCACAGCAAUCAUAUGACAAGUUUGGACGUUGAUUGGGGCCAUGUGUCAGAAACAUUGACCAACGGAUUUUUCGGGGAUAACAGUAUAGCCGAACUUCCGCGUGUGUUAUCACACUUUAAUAAUUUAAUGUGGUUAAAUUUGGACGAUAAUAACAUAAAACAAGUGCCAGAAGAGUCAUUGGCUCGAAAUAUUCGUACAAUAAGUCUGAAUAAUAAUUUGAUAACUAAUUUUCCGCAGAGUGUUGCUAAUUUGAAUUCACUGGGCCGAAUAUACUUGCGUGGAAAUUCGAUAAAAAUCCUAGAACUACCGUCGGCAUUCAAAAGCGCUUCUAUUGAAUCGAUAGACUUGAGUGACAACAUGAUUGAGUCUAUUCAUGUUUUGACAACAGCUGUUAUCAGUAAUAAUGUUUAUAAAAAUUCAACGAAAGUUGUUAUAAAAGAUUUGAAUUUGUCAAACAAUAAGUUGUCAGUGAUAGCAUCUGGUGUGUUCCGGUUUGUGGAAACUCGUCGGCUCCAUCUGUCAGCAAACAAUAUAAGUUACAUUGACGACGGAGCGUUUAAUGGUCUCGAGAAUACUUUGGAGUACCUAAAUUUGGAUAAUAACGAUCUGCAUAACAUCCCGAGUGCAUUGUCGACUCUCAAGAGGAUCACUUACCUCUAUCUAGCUAAUAACAAUAUUUACAAUAUUACCGCAGAUGCUUUUGAAUCAUACAACGAGUACUUACGUGUCCUCUCUCUGGCAACAAAUAAUUUACUGACAGUACCCGUAACAGCGCUAUCCUCGUGUCAAAGGCUUCAGCAUCUUAAUUUAGGUUACAAUAAAAUCAGCUAUGUCUUCCCCGGGGACUUUGAGUGGGCGAAAAAUCUCGAGAUACUUCUUCUUCGAAACAAUGUGCUGUCAAAACUCAAGUCUGGAACUUUCAAAGGGGCAUACAAACUGCGGGAACUCAGUUUGUCAUUCAAUCAAUUGACCGAAUUAGACGACAAAGCCUUCUUGGGUAUUGAAGAGAGUUUAGAAAUUCUUGAAAUGAGUUUCGCAUUUUCUACAGAUAUUUAUCCGAAAAUAGCUCUUGCUCCACUCACCAAUUUACAGUGGCUUGUACUCGACAACAACAAUUUCCAUGUACUUGAAUCAGAGGCACUCUAUUCGUUCAACCAGCUACGUUACAUUAAUUUGGAAUCCAAUCGGCUGCAUUAUCUCCCGGAUAAAUUGUUUUUGCCGGAAGUACACGGCGAGUUGCGGGACAUUAAAAUAGGUUAUAAUUAUUUGGAGGAAUUGCCGGCGGGUCUAUUUACAAAUUUAACAGAACUGAGAACAAUAGAUUUGACGGGGAAUCGAUUACAUUUUCUAUCAGCCGGUACUGUUGAAGAUUGUAUGAAAUUAGUAACUGUUUCACUGGCUUACAACCGUAUCACGACAAUGGAAAAGGGUGCAUUUCGUCGGUUAUCCAGCCUCAGGUUUCUCAAUUUAGAAUUUAACGCUCUAACUGCUCUUGAUUUGGAUGCAAUUGUCAAGUCCGGUGGUACGGAAUUUUCACUAAACGUCUCUUUCAAUUCUAUCUCGACAAUAAAUACUCAAUUUCGAUUGAAUAAUCUCACUAGCAUCGAUCUCGGUUACAACAACAUAACGGUCUUGCCCAGUGAUACCUUCGCCAAGAUUACAAAUUUGAAAACCCUGUACUUGCGUGGAAAUUAUAUCGUCACUCUAUAUCCCGGGACAUUUGCACUAGAGCAUCUGGAGACACUGAACCUCCAAGAUAAUCGGCUGGUGACAUUAAGAAAGCAGACGUUUCACGGAACAUCACUUUUACAACAAUUGGAUCUGAGCCGAAACUCACUGUCACAAUUAUCCACGGAGCAAUUUCGUAAUCUACGUAAUCUCCGUAUCCUGAAUUUGUCAGGGAAUCAUAUAAGAUCGUUAUCCCGCGACGUGUUUGAGGGUACACGUAUCGAGACACUGGAUUUGAGCUCAAAUAGAAUCAGUAUCGUGCCUUCCUUAGCGUUUCUCGAAGUGGGUUACACACUCCGCGAUUUGAAUCUAGCCGAAAAUUUAAUUGAACAUUUGGACUCAUCCGCGUUUCCACUUUCCCAGCUUAUUAAAUUAAACCUGGCAAAUAACCGCCUGACAAUAUUGCCUGACAAUUCUUUCGUUUCGGUCAACAAAUUACUGAGCCUUAAUCUGUCAAACAAUCACAUACAGGCCAAUUUCAAAGAACUGUUCCAUUACCUACCAGAUUUGAGGCAGCUCUAUCUGGCUAAUUGUGGUCUUAGACGAGUGCCAGUCCUGCCGCUGGGCAAUCUCAACAUUCUCGAUCUGUCAUUCAACGCUAUUCAAGCUUUUGAGCAAGCAAAUGUACAGUAUCUCGGGUCCCUCAAGGUAUUAAAGCUCGUUAACAACUCCCUCAAUGCUGUGCCAGAUGUCAGACUACGGCUUCUACGACAUCUCGAUCUAUCGGACAAUCCUAUCGAGGCCCUCGAGAAAGAGACAUUCUACGGGUAUCCCCGUCUUGAGAGUCUGGUGUUACGUAAAUUAUCUCGUAUCAGAUUUAUUGAUAACGAGUGUUUACGUUAUUUAAAGUACUUGAAAGAACUGAGUAUCCAAACGUGGCCUUCGGUUGAUAAUUAUAAUUUACAAGGACUUUUAAGUGGAUUACCUCUGCGCACCGUCGAGAUAGAAGUCACCGAGAGAAUACUCAAGACACAGAUACACAAUACUUUUACAAAGCGACUGAGGGAGCUUACGAUAACGGGUCAAGAGCUCGAGGCUAUUUCUCCGGAAGCAUUCUUGACCAUCCAAGCAGGCGAGCUUAUUCUCAGAAUCAAGGACACCCACGUAAGACGCUUCCAGUCGGAUAUCUUUUUAUCGCUGGCACGUACAAUGUCGCAGCUUACACUUGAUUUACGCAACAAUCAUAUCAACGAGCUCAGCCCUUCAGUCAUCUAUGGGAAUCUCUCAUGGGAAACUGUUGGCACGAACCUCGUUGCCGGUGGUCUUCAGGUGUCGGGGAAUCCCCUCGAGUGUGAUUGCGAGAUCGCAUGGCUAAGUCUCUGGCUACGUCGAUGGCUCCGUGAGGCCCGGCAAAUUCACACAGCCUCUCAGUCAGACGCCCGACAACUGAGGAGCCAGGCAGGACGGGCAGUCUGCACAGAAACUACCCCAUCUUACUCGUCAGAUCGAGUGCUUCUGACCCUCGGGACACCUCACACUGCUUGCCAAGCGUCUGCCUUGAGUUCCGGACACCUCUCACGACCGCCAUUACCGUCCCAACUCGGCUCCCGAGUUGUUAUUCUUCUUUUUAUCAUCAGAUUCGGCAUCGACUGUACCUAGUACUUCCAAAUUACGGUAAU